AUGCUGCGCUCCAUCACAUCACGAUCGUCGGUAGCCGCGGCAGGCCGUCUUGGUCUCGCAUCGUCUCGCUCCGCACAGGCCUCUAGCUUGCUACCAUCUCGCACCUUGACCAACUUUGCCCGGUCAAGAUCGCAGCUUGUUUCCUCUUUCAAGCUCGCACUCCCUCAGCAUGCUUUGAACCUUCACUCGCGGCACUAUGCCACUCCUGCUGAGGGUGGUGACAAGAAGAACCGUAACCCCAAGGAGCAGGAUGAUGAUGACAAGAAAAAGAAGAAGGACUUUGAAGAGUCAGUAGAGCGUGGUCUCAAGGAAGCACGUCAGGGCAAGGCUCGCGGUAGUCUCCCAGAGAACCUCAAGCGGUUUUUUGAGAGUGAUGACAAGAAAUCAACAUCAAACAAGAGCAACAAGGACCCCAAAGCACGCGAGGAGGAGAACGAUGUUGCAGAGCAAAAGAAGAACAAGGCAGGCAAGUCUUCAGGCGCUAAUGGCUCGGCAGGCGGAGGACCCAAUGGCCAGUACGCCGAGAUCCGCAUCAACGCCAGCACCAUCCUUGCCACCAUUAUUUCCACCUACCUUUUCUACCGUUUCACAUCACCUGAUCAGCCAAGUCGAGAGAUUACUUGGCAAGAGUUCCGCACCGCCUUCCUUGACAAGGGUCUCGUUGACCGCCUCGUUGUUGUCAACCGCUCCAAGGUCAAGGUUUACCUCCACUCGAACGCCACUGGCUCCAUGUACCCCUCCUCUGGCAAUGGUUCCACCUCUUCGGCAAGCGGUAGUGGCUACGCCGCCUACUGGUUCAGCCUCGGCUCCGUUGAGGCUUUCGAGCGACGUCUCGACGAGGCACAGCGUGAGCUUGACAUUCCUGGCAACGAGAGGAUCCCAGUCUCGUACCACGAAGAGAUCUCGACUGCUCAAACACUUCUUCACUUUGCACCCACCUUGCUCAUCGCCGGUUUCCUCUUCUGGAUGUCUCGACGAGCUGUCGGAGGUGCCAUGGGUGGCGGUGGCGGCGGUGGUCCAGGCGGCAUCUUUGGUAUCGGCAAGAGCAGAGCAAAGAUGUUCAACCAGGAGACAGAUGUCAAGACUAAGUUUAACAACGUCGCAGGUAUGGACGAGGCCAAGGAAGAGAUCAUGGAGUUUGUCAACUUCCUCAAGAAGCCCGAAAAGUACAAGAAGCUCGGCGCCAAGAUUCCUCGUGGUGCCAUUCUCUCCGGUCCUCCCGGUACCGGUAAGACCUUGCUAGCCAAGGCUACUGCCGGUGAGGCUGGUGUGCCAUUCUUGUCCGUUUCUGGGUCCGAGUUUGUAGAGAUGUUUGUCGGUGUCGGUCCAAGCCGUGUCCGAGACAUGUUUGCCAACGCCAAGAAGCACGCUCCUUGCAUCAUCUUCAUUGAUGAGAUCGAUGCUAUUGGUAAGAGCCGUGGAAAGGGAGGCAACUUUGGUGGUAACGAUGAGCGAGAGUCGACGCUGAACGAGUUGUUGGUGCAGAUGGACGGCUUCGGCACCGAGGAGCACGUCGUUGUGCUUGCUGGUACUAACCGACCGGAUGUACUUGAUGCUGCUUUGAUGCGUCCUGGUCGUUUCGAUCGACACAUUGCCAUUGACCGUCCUGACAUUUCGGGUCGUAAGGAUAUCUUCCUUGUCCACCUCAAGCCUUUGACGCUUCACUCGUCGACCGAUUGCGACUUGCUUGCCGAGAAGCUCAGUACCCUUACCCCUGGUUUCAGUGGUGCUGAUGUUGCCAACGUCUGUAAUGAGGCUGCGCUCAUCGCUGCUCGUGGUGGCGCCGAGUCGAUCGAGGAGCACCACUUCGAGCAGGCUAUCGAGCGUGUCAUUGCUGGUCUCGAGAAGAAGUCCCGUGUUCUCUCUCCCGAAGAGAAGAAGACGGUCGCAUACCACGAAGCCGGUCAUGCUGUCUGCGGUUGGUUCCUCGAGCAUGCUGAUCCUUUGCUCAAGGUUUCCAUCAUCCCUCGUGGUGUCGGUGCCCUCGGAUACGCCCAGUACCUUCCCAAGGAACGUUACCUCUUCUCUACCGAGCAGCUCAUCGACCGUAUGUGCAUGACCCUCGGUGGUCGUGUUUCCGAAGAAAUCUUUUUCACCACCAUCACCACCGGUGCUCAGGACGAUCUUUCCAAGAUCACCCGUAUGGCCUUCGAAAUUUGCGCUUCUUACGGUAUGAACAAAGAACUCGGCCCUAUCUCCUAUCGCACCGAACAGGAGUCGAUGCACAAGCCUUACUCUGAACGAACUGGUGAAAUGCUCGACUUUGAAGUGCGCAAGAUGGUCGCCGAAGCUCACAAGCGUACCACCCAGCUGCUUACUGAUCGCAAGGCCGAUGUUGAGAAGGUGGCAAAGCUCUUGUUGGAGAAAGAAGUGAUUACGAGAGAGGAUAUGAGGAACUUGUUGGGUCCUAGACCUUUCAGUCAUGCAGAUGAGGCGGAUCAAUAUCUGGAUAAGAAGGGCAGGUUGAAGAGGAAGGGUGAGAUCAGUGCUCCUCCUCCGCCGCCUGAGGAUUUUCCUACUCCCGGGCUUGCUAGUAAAAAGGUCGAGGAUAAGCUUUAG